ACGCGAGCGAGCGCGUCCACGCCCGUGUGGACGUUCUGACGGUGGCGUCGUCUCGGAACGGGCCCGCGCAAGGAGCGAGGUUCCGACCGCAGCGACGAUAGUGAUAUUACCCGCGGAGAGAUAGAGAGAGUCACUAACGAGCGGACAGACGGACAGACGGAUGGACGGACGAAAGAGAGCGAGAGAGAAAGAGAGAGAUAUGUUGUAUGCGUGAAAAGGAGAAAGAAAGAGAAAGACGUUGCGCGUGUAUUCUGCAUGAGAGUAUUGAGAGUGCUCCACCGAGCGAAGUGAGCGAGUGAAUGCGCGACGCCGUUAUUACCCGCUCCGCGCGACCGAUGCUCUCGCGCGUUCGGCUUGUCACGCUUGUGCGGUACUUCCGCCCGGUCGUGGCGAGCGUCUGCCGUUCUCGAGAUUGCUCCGAGACAAGACAAAAAUAUAAGUGCAUAGAUAAGGUGAGAGAGGGAGAGAGAAAAAGGGAGUUCCACGAGAGAAUCGCGAAGCUAGGAAGAAAACGAAAAAUCAUUUCGCCGGCACGAAGUCGACCGGGAGAGAGAGAGGGACAGAGACGCUCUUGUAACCGGUGUUUACUCGAUAGAGGGCUAUUUACAUUGUGCAUCCGGCCUUCGUACUUGGAAUCGCACGGGCUCUCGCGUGUUUACAAGCGUGCCGUGCCGUCCGUGUCAGCUGUGCACCUCGAUAGCGUAUAUACGAGUCAACGCGAAGCAAAGCGGCGGCGGCGGCGGCAGUAGUAGUGGCGGCUCACCUCGCCGUCGAGGUUAGGGUAACUCUCCUCUCGCGGUCGUGGCGCGUCGCUCGACGGUGGUGUGUGCCGGUGGUGUGGGCUGCGUGCGCGUUUCCUCGCUACCGGCGCGCGAGCGGGGGCGCCGUAACAGAAACGCGUGCUGCUCUCUCCGCCUAGUCGUCUGUCCGCCAGCCCGCUCGUUCGUGUGUCCGCUCGUUCGCUCGCCCGCCUCGCUCGCUCGCUCGUGUCGCCGCUCGCCCGCUUCUGGUGAAUUCGUAUGGUGAAUUAUUGAUCCGCGGCGGCGUGUGCGUGCGGAAAAACCGCCGUUGGCUGGAAGAGAGGAAGGUAGCGAGAGGUAGAGGGGGGCAAAGAGAGAAGAGAGAGAGAGAGAAAGGUAUAGUCGGUAAAGGGGGGGGAACGGGAAGGGGUGACGGAGACGGAGCCGCACACAGAGUGGCGCACGGCGGUGGCGCGAGAAAGCGCUUAAAGCGAGCACACGUACGGGGUGAGACGUGCGCUGGUUGGUGUGUUGGUUGUAUAUUGUUUUGAAAAGUGUCGCGGGUCGCGCGCGGACGCACGCGACGCAUCAUCACGUCACAUCGCGUCGCGUCGGAUCGCAUCGCAUCGCAUCGCGUAGCGUCGCGUCGGAACGCCGUGCCUCGGUCGCGAGGCGCGAAGCUCAACGUCGACGAAAGAUCGCGUCCCUCCGCUAGAGACGAGGUAGAACGAGCCAAGUGUACAACGUCCUUACGCGUAACGUCGCCUUCCGCUUUCCUCGUCCCUUCGCUGCUCCGUCGUCGUUUCAUUCGUGCGUGCGUGCGUGCGUGCGUGCGUGCGUGCGUGCGUGCGUGCAGGAACGAACGCGAGAGAAGCGUGCUCCGCGGGGUAAUGCACACGACAGGCGAGGUAGCUGUCGUCGGGAGGCCGGUGAGUGUCCUAGAGUGACGAGCGAAUCGCCGAGGAAGACACCGACGAGAUCUCUUCGCGAUAUUUGCACGCGCGAGACGACGUGUGGGACUUAUUAUCGCGACGUGAAACGGGGGAGUGUCGCGGUAGUGCAUUGUCGUCGUCGGACCGCGCCGCCGACGACGGCGUACGACAGCCACGACGCCGGGACGACGAGAGGAAGGUGGUGGAGGAGGCGAUCAGUGUCGUCGCGCGGAGGAAACUUAGGGGGAAACCCGCAACGUUUUGUGUCGUUUUGUCGUACGGUCGCUGCUGAGAGCGCGCUCCGAUAAUCCCGGAGGAAGGCAACGUCUUAUCUUCGCCACCGCGGCUUGGAUGGAUACUGUGCAUUAUUUCUGGAGUGUACCCACGUCGCCGUCAUCCUGACCUGCCCGAGAAAUCCUCAUGAAAGACUGGGAACUCAGUACUCAGAAUAGCAUCGGCAGUGCGGUGGCUGCAGCCGACACCAUUUCCGCGCCGUGGACCCCCGCGAGUUCCGGGCCGCCGCCCGACGCCAACGGCUCCGGCUCGGAUACGAAGAACCUCGACGUUGGCGAAAUUAGCGAUGACGAGAAGGACCUGUCGGCAGCGGAUGCGGAGGGUGUGUGGUCGCCGGAUAUCGAACAGAGCUUUCAGGAAGCUCUUACCAUAUAUCCGCCAUGCGGUCGACGCAAAAUCAUCCUUUCCGACGAAGGGAAGAUGUACGGUCGCAACGAGCUGAUCGCCCGUUAUAUCAAAUUGAGGACCGGUAAGACGAGAACGCGAAAACAAGUAUCUUCGCACAUACAGGUUCUCGCGAGAAGAAAACUCCGGGAAAUACAGGCAAAACUCAAAGUGGAUCAUGCCGCCAAGGAGAAGGCACUCCAGACAAUGUCGAGCAUGUCAAGCGCCCAAAUAGUAUCAGCUGGAAGCGCGAUACACAACAAGAUGCCCCCCGCCCUCGUGGGGCCCCUUGCCCUUCAUGCUUCCACCCCUGUCUCCUAUCCCGGAGCGCAAUUUUGGCAACCUGGCCUGCAACCAGGAACGUCCCAGGAUGUCAAACCCUUUCCUCAGCCUGCCUACACUGGGAAACCGGCGACAGCGGUCUCGAGCGGUGAUUUGGUUCAAGCACAGCCUGCACCACCAUGGGAAGGGCGCGCCAUCGCGACCCACAAGCUUAGGCUUGUCGAAUUUUCGGCCUACAUGGAACAACAGAGAGAACAGGAGUACCAUAAACACCUGUUCGUUCAUAUAGGAGGUUCCGCAACAUAUGCCGAUCCACUUUUGGAAGCGGUCGAUGUUAAACAGAUAUACGACAAAUUCCCGGAGAAAAAGGGCGGUCUCAAAGAACUUUACGAUAAGGGACCGCAAGCAGCUUUCUUCCUCGUUAAGUUUUGGGCUGAUCUCAAUAGCAACAACAUCCAAGACGAGAGUAGUGUAUUCUAUGGCGUCACAAGCCAAUACGAGAGCAACGAGAACAUGACGAUAACGUGUUCGACGAAAGUAUGCUCCUUUGGAAAACAGGUAGUGGAGAAGGUGGAGACGGAGUACGCCAGGUUUGAGAAUGGCAGGUUCGUUUAUCGUAUUAGCCGUUCACCUAUGUGCGAAUAUAUGAUCAAUUUCAUCCACAAACUGAAGCACCUGCCAGAGAAGUACAUGAUGAACAGCGUUCUCGAAAAUUUCACCAUCCUCCAGGUUGUCACGAACAGGGAUACGCAGGAAACAUUAUUGUGUACGGCAUAUGUGUUCGAAGUAUCGACAUCUGAACAUGGUGCUCAGCAUCACAUAUACAGAUUGGUCCAAGACUAGCCUGCUUGAACCUGCUCGCCAUGCAGCCAUCCACCCCCAUCAGUGCCUACCAUCACAUAAAGAUCAUCCAUACACGUAUACACACACAAUUACAUUGUGAAAAUACAAUAUACACAUAUAGCCAAGUUCCUCUAUUCUAAAAUUAAAAAAUCAAGCGUUUUCUCUAAUUUUCCUUUCAGUUUCCAUUUUUAUUCUAAGGAAUACGAACAGAUUGGAAGUGUUACUUUCUUUUGUUUAUUCGUAUCGUGUUAUCAUAUCGAAUGAUUAAUGUGUGAUGUAUGAUAAAUAUGGAUAAUAAAGAAAGUAACAUGCAGCAAUGUAAAAAAGAGAAAUUUAGUUUUGAGAAAAUCAGCUGAUUUAGAGAAUAGGAAUUUAGAAUAGAGGAAUUUGAUUGCGCGAUAUGUUGCGUGAAUAUGUGGGUGUAAAAAUGCUUACACUUAUACAGAAAUAUUUUCGCGUCCAUAGGUGAGUUUCGAUGGAAAAUAUUCGAUCGAUGAUAUUACGAAAAUUAUUCUAUAAACAGGUGUAAAUAUUGAAUAAAUAAUAGAUGUUAUAAUAAAACAUCCUCUAUAUAAAAUCCGGAUGAAUUAAAAUGUUGCAUUGCGUACGUUCUUGCUUUUUUUCUUUUGUAUUAAGAUUUUUGUAUGCGAAUCUUUUCUUGUUCAACAUGCUAAUUUCAUAAAUUUAAAGUUUAUGAAAAAUACGUUUUCUCAUUUCGAAGAAUUAGUUGUAGAGAAAUAUCAGAGAAUAAACGGAACAAGUCGCGAUAUUUCAAUUGAUUAUGAACCGGCUGUGCAUGAUAAGGAAUUAAAUUAAAGAUGAGAAAUUCUAAGUAUUGUAUAAUAAAUAUUAUAAAUACCCCACAAAGUCUAAUUUUUAUCCUUGAAUGUUUCGUAACGUAAAAUUAAUAGAAUGUGUUUUGCGAACGUUUUCCGUGAAACUCCUUAACGAGGACUCUACACACAUAUGUAUACAUAUAUGAUAAAGUACUGGCCAGCCCGAGCUUGAGUUUGAUUCAAAGUUUAUACUUUUAAUAACUUAUAUUGGGUCAAUACAUAAAUACAUGUCAUGAUAUAAAAAAAAUUCUUGCAUUUGUACUGAACAAUGUCUUUAAGAUAUCAUACACAGUUAUAAAUUAUAUAGUGAAAUAGAGAUUAAAGUGUUUCUCAUAUAUAUACAUAUAUUUUAUGAUCAUAAUCAUCAUCCCUUUUAAUCGGCGUUUUAGUAAACUCGUCGAUUAAUCUUAAUAAAGAGAAUCGAUUUUAAUAAAGAAGAUAUAUUGUAAUAAAUUAAUUUAAAAUUGACAAUAAAUUUUUGGUAUAAAAUUGCAUAAAGUAUAUGCAUACUAUAAAAACAAAAAAAAGAGGGAAAACAAAGAAACAGACUCUGAUCUCGGAAAGGCAUGGUACCCCAUCAUUUUAUUUAGUAUUAUAGUUUUAUUAUUAAAUUAGACGAUAUAUUAUAGAGACUCGAGACAAAAACAUCCAAACACAGAUAUACAUAUAUUACGUAUAAGAGUAUAUAUGUUAAAUAUUAAUGCAAUGAUUACGAUUUACAUUGUUAUAAAUGAUCGUGUAUAAAGUUAUCUAAGUUUUAAAAGAAAUGGAGGUUUGAUCAAGAAAUAUGCCAUUUAUGAUUUUUUUAUAUAAUACAAAAUACAAUUAUAUAUUGUUUUCAAUCAGAAUUAAAUCAGAAACAUAAGAAAAAUGAAAUAUAUUAACAUUGCGUUUCUUCGUUAAAGAACUUCUUUUCGCAUCAUGCAAAAAUUCUUAUUACUGUGAGAAUUUACGCUGCGAUUAUUAAUCUUUUAAUGAUUUAUUUGACGAUUUUUACAUUUUAAUAUUUUACAACACAUUUGGAUAAUGUGCAAACCUACUCUGAUUAGGCAGUGACACUUAGGUUAAAGGGAUGUGUUUGUAUUUCUUAUAAUCACCUUACUUUAUAUUCUAAGAUCAUUUUCUAUAGUUCUUACUUAUGAAUGAUUUUUCUUACUUAGCAUAUUUUGUUUGUUUUUAUCUUUCUACAAAGCGAUAUACCAGAUCGAUAUACUUCGAUUAUACAGAUGGAAGGCCACCGUCAUAUAAAUUGUAGCUAUGUGAUAGGAACUUUGAUUACUCUAAAACCCGAUCUUGGCAUUUUUUAUCAGGAGUCUAUUGAAAUCAAUCUUGAAAAAUGUAAUAAGACAUACGACGAUUUUACAAUGUUAUGAAGCGUCAAUAUUUAAAUUACGAUACAUCAUUCGAUUGUCUUCGAUUGAGUCUUUGAUUGAUUUCAAUAUUGUUCUCCAAAUCUCUGUAAGUUAAAAGUAUUUUUUUGAAGCACUGUAAGAGGAUACAAUAAUCCAUUGCAAAAAAAAAACGUUUCGUACUUAAUAAUAUAAUUUACGUGUUACAUAUACAUGGACCAUAGAAAACUUACAUACAGAGAUUUUUCAUGAACUUAGUGGCAAUUGUUUAAACGAGUAGAGGACCAUAUCUUGCAGUUGACUUUAUUUAAUCGCGUCUCUCAUAUAUAUAUAUAUAUAUAUAUAUAUAUAUAUAUAUAUAUAUAUAUGUAUGUGUGUGUGUGUGUGUGUGUGUAUACAUAUAAUUAUGUAAAUGCACAGACAGUUUUUACUUAUUUUUUAAUUUGAUCUGUUAUGUGUUUCCGGAACAAAACUUGCCUAUCGAGCAGUAAAUAUUAGCAUAAGCAAGAAAAGGUCGUGUAUAUUUUAAUAAGAUAAUAUUAUUUACUGUAUUCAUACUUUAAUUAACUUUUACGGAACAAGUGGCAAUGUAUUUUGAUCUCUUUUAGUCAGAAAUAUGUCGCUUUUUAUUUGGGUUGAGAAGUGAAUUUACUAUAUGGGUUGACUCUGGAGUAGAAAGGAAUUUAUGUUUAAUCAAUAUGUGAAUGUGUUUUUUUAAAUGGCAGCUUUUAUAUGUUUUACUUAUUGUUACCGUUUUUUUUUCUUUUUUUCAUAUAAGCUUAGUGUCUGUUUGAAAGUAACUCUCGAAGUAAAAGAGUUAAAAACAUAAAAGAAAAUACAUAAGAGAGUAACUCUUUAUAGCAAAAAUUCUCAUUUUUUUCAUUUGUAAAUAUGGCUUUUAAAAAUUUACGACAGUAUUUCUUUCAAAUAGAUACUAGCCAAUAAUAAUUCAUUAUAUUGUUUUUUUAUCACCUAUAUUUUUUAUCAAUAUAGAAAUUGUGAUUUAGCAAAAUUGUUUGCAUAUCAAACUGGAAUUGUAACCACGGCCAUGCUAUAUGGACAAAUUUUUUUUGCAAUAUUUUGCUUAUUAAUAAGUAUCGAAAUCAACGUUUUUAAUUUUACAUUUGCAGUAAUUUCAAUAAAUAUAUAAUGUUUUUACAGUAUAUCUAUAAUUAUAAUUACAUUUAUAAUGAACAAGACAACGUCUCGUGGUUACAUAUCGAAUUGCUUAGUAAUGCAUUGUUGUUUCUGAAAUUAUGCAAUAUUUUUAAAAGAUAUUCACACGAAUUCAAUUCGGUCGUGUAAAUUUUUAUUUUAUAUGGAAAUUUGAAAACAGGUGGAAAGAGUAUGAAAUUGAGAAAAAAGAGCACCGACACUAAUAUUAUUGACAUUUACGCGUAAUGAUUUUAAAGUAAGCGAAUUACAUUUAUAAGGAAAGAUUAUAAAAAUAUAUAUUUAUCUAUGUCUUCUGUGAAGAUAGAAAAUAGUACUCUCUCACUCUAUAUUGAUGAUAUCGAAAAUCGAGGUCCGAUAAAAAGAUACAAAAUGCAGAAAUAGACUAAGAAAAAAAAGAGACAACUCGCACUGUACACAAUAACAUACGAUACGAUCGAUCGAUUGACUCAGAUUUGUUAAAUAUCUUUGUAUAUAUUUACAUGAAGACCAUGAGAAAUUGUUCAAGUUCCAGCAGCUACAUUUUUGUAAUAAGUACUACUCCCGUGAGAAAAAAAACUGUUUUAUUUGCAGCUAUGAAUCCAGUUCCACAUUUCGAAAUUAAAGUAUGCAAAAAAAUUUUUAAUAUUUUCAUAGAGACCAUUUGGUUUUUUUUUAUAGAUGCAGUACUUUGAUACAAGAAUGAAUGUCUAAUUUUUAUUAAUUAAAUUUAUUUUUAUUUAUCAAAAUUUGUAACUAUAUUGUUAAAUAGCUAUUACGUCUAUAAAAUAUUUAUUUACUGAUAAAGGAACGAAAGAAUUAUUGAAUUAUUCAAUAUAUUUUAUUUACUCUUUGUAUUUAUAAUCAAUAGAUACACAUAGAUGACACAUAAAUACACAUAGUAAUUAAAAUAUAUUUAUGAAGCAGAAUAUCAUUAAUUAUACUUUAUAAAACAUAUUUGUCUUUAAAUCAAUUUUAAAUCCAAUUAACUUCUCUCUAUGAAAGUAUUAACUUGCACUCAAUCGGCCUGCUAAUUCAAUAAAUUUUCUAAAAUUUGCAUAUAAAAUCUAUUUAUUCAUAUCCUGGAACUGCCAUAUCAAAGAAUUGAGCUUGAUUGUAAAAAUGAUUAAAAAAUAUUGAUCGGAGAAAAAAGGAAACAAAAGGAUCUACCUGUAUAUUAUUAACAUAAAUGAAACGAAAUGAGGAUCAAAGUAGUUGUUUUAACGAGUAAAUGAAAAAUAAAUAAAAUGAUAUAUCAUUAAAUUAGAAGUUUAAAAAUAUAAUAGAACUCAGUAUAUGUACAGUAUUUGAAAAACAUGUUUAUAAUUUGUAUGGAGAAAAAUAAAUGAUUGAUAUAAAAAAAG